GGAUUUUUAAGGUACUCGUUACGUCAUGCUGUAGGAUUUAUGGGAAAGAAAAACAAAAAUAGAAGAGAACUAUGUCAGACGUCGGAUAAUACUGGAGACAAGGUGAACUUUCGUAACAAUGUGAAAGAAAAUGUGCCUGUCAAAGGUCUUCAUAAUUUAGGCAACACAUGUUAUCUUAAUGCUGCCCUUCAAUGUCUUGCAAGAAGUCCAUGGCUUUUGAAUCUGUUAGUUGUCGAUGAAUCCAGAGAAUCUUCUCUAACUAAACCUAAUGGGGACUCAUUAUGCACAUUAUGUGUUUCCCUACCACUGAUGAAGUGCCCACUAACAACCCAAUUUAAGGAACUUAUUUCUGUUUUAAAGCCUGGUGAGCUGCCAAAUACCAAAAUGAACUCUUCCAACGCAAUUAGUCCUGGGAUGUUUCGAAAUGUGUUUAUUGAACGUUGUCCUCGAUUCAGUGGAUUUAGGCAACAUGAUAGCCAUGAGUUAAUUCGUGCUCUGUUGGACUGCUUAAAACAAGAAGAACUUUCACGCUGGAAGAAGGGCAUUUUACUCAAACUCAAUGUUAACCCAAAAGAUGUUCGUGAUGAUGAGAAAGAGUCUAUUCGCAGUUGGGGAAAAGCAGCUUCGAUAGCCACGAUUGUAGAUCGACUUUUCGGUGGGAUUCUUGUCAGUACAAUACAGUGUUGUUGUUGUGGUACUGUUCGUCCUAAAUUUGAACCAUUUCUGGACCUUUCACUGUCUGUUUCUGAAACGAAUGUUUCAAAACGCAAUAUAAAUGAAUCUGUGUCUAAACAGCAUUCUAAAGGUGCCUCCAGUUCCAAACAACUUCGGAAAAAGGAACGUAAACGUAAAGCUCCAAAACAACGGAAACGUCAAAAUUUCAUACAUGAUUAUCAAUCAGAUCAGGGAUGUUUAGAUCAGUGCAGUUCAGAUUCAGAUAGUCAGAAAACAAAACAUAACCACCAACCACUGGACACAUUUAUUGCAAAAUGUUGUGCUGAUGUAACAGAUCCAAAUGUAGAUAGUAAGCAUGUCGAGAACGUGGAUGGGGAUCUUGUUGUAAAUGAGCAUCAACAUGAAGAUAAUAAUGGCAACAAUGAUGUGAAUUUGCUCAAUUCAAAUGAAUGUGAGCUUUCAAGCGAGACAUUAAACCAAGGUUCUUGUGAUGAAGUAGCAUCAUCGGACGGGAAUUGUGCAGACGUUGAAGGUAGUGAUCGAUAUGACAGUGUUGUAUCUCUGCAAGUAAUUCCAAAUGGCUGUGAUGGAAAUGUAAAACAGUCAGAGAUAAAUCAUAUCAACACAGAAUUGGAAAAGUUAUCUUUGAAUACAGUUGUAUCGUCACAGUUGUUUUCAUGUGAUUCAGAUGAAUUAAAUCAAGCUAUUCAUUAUGCACGAGUUCCACUUGGUCAGAAUAGAAGUAACAAUUCAACAGAAGAAGGAGUUACUUCUAUUUAUGAAUGUCUUUCAAAAUAUACUUCUGCUGAAUUAUUAACAGGAUCUAAUCGUUUAAUUUGUGAUGUAUGCACAAAACAAAAAUCAUUAGAUGAGUUGGAUAAUAAUUUGGAUAGUGAAUCAAUGGAUAAGCAGACGUCUAACAACAACAAGCCAGAUAUUUUACAAGAUGCUAUCAAACGUGAUUUAAUCUAUAAACCUCCACCGAUUCUGACAAUACAUUUGAAGCGAUUUCAACAGGUCGGUUUUCAAUUACGAAAAUCUCAGAAACGUAUUCACUUCCCAAUAUACUUGGAUAUUACUCCUUUCUGUUCUGUUCUCGCUGUGGUAAAUAGUUUUUUGCCAUCUUUCUUUGAUAAUAAUUAUUAUAACCUCUGUUCGUUUGGUAUACAGAAGUACCCAUUGUGUACAUUUAUAUUUGUCAAUACUGAUCAUAUGUAGCCUCUGCCAGGGAAGUCCUACUCACUGCCUUCUCAUGGCAUUACUGUUGUUUAUGAAAUUGAGAGGAUGAACAGUGAAUGUUUAACUCUUUAACCGUUUUGGUGAAUAUGAACGGUCCACCUAGGGGAGUUGGAAAACCCUGAUUCCAAACCAAUGGUGCACAUGGGCUCCAGGAUCCUGAGGAAACAAGUGGCGUAUGAACCUAUUAUUAGUCACCAGCUACCAUAAGACUGCUCCACUGCCUUGUGGAUCAGACCUUUUAGUCAAAGGCUCGGGGUGUGGCCACCUAAGAAAACCACCUGCUUCAGUUUGUGCACCUGGGCAGUAUCACAGUUCUCACACAAAUCGAAUGAAAUUUGUGAGGCGCAUAUUUAUCUGGUGCUUUCUUGUACCAAUAUUUAUCUGGUUAAAUAAAUAAAUAAUUAAAUAAAUACUGGCCAACGUAUCACCAGUUCUGUUCAAAUAUUUACGUCACUUAUUAUAUCUCAUGAAAUUAUGCUUUGUAUUGAUCGCUAAUUAUGCCCGACCGUUGCUGUUACCUUGACGUGGUGGUCGGGCUUGCCGAUCGUGAUGAACCAAUCGAGCUAUACUGGCUGGAACAAUCGUUCCUCAAGGUCCUACCAUGCCAGGCAGGUCGGUUGAAGAGCGGUAAGACUAAAAGCAACAAACCAAAGGUCCGAAGGAGAAGUCGUACUGCUGACAGUACAGAGGUGUAGCAGCAGUAAGGUGUUUCCUUUAGACAACCAGCAUGACAGUGAUGCUGCCUUCCCACAUGGAGGGUUGGGGUUAGAAAAGGUCGACCCUAAAAAUGCACACCUCGCUUUAUCCCACGGAUAUCCGUCUCCGACGGUAAGGUCCCAACAAGUAAGGAGCUAACACAAAAACUACCCACAAAAAGGUCAUGUGUGACCGACCCCAAGCAGUUGUCCCUUGGGCACUGCGGUCACGCUCUCAGGUCAUUAAGAUCUUUUCUUACCCAAUUUCCUUUUCAGGUACCCCUAGAAGAACCCUUCCACGGUGCGGGCAACCGGGAAGUGAUAACUGCCCUCAUACCUCUAACAGCACUCAAGAUCACUGACCUACUAUACAUUAGUAUUCUGAGAGGUGGUUAUUAGGAAAUAUUGCAGUUGCAGAGGUUCUGUUGAGCGUUUGGCGGUGAACAAGAUAAUUGAUUUUAAAGGUUUGUGAACUGUUAUCACUUUCCAUUUUCCCACACUCCGUAGAAAUGCAUUUUCUUGUGACGCUUGUAUUAUUAUUGAUUGUCUUGUCCAUCUGAAAAGAUGAUUACGGAGUCAAAUGUCAUUUACUUUAGAUUGGCCAGGUAUAAGCAGUUGUCUCUUGAUGGGUUGACAAGACUGUUACUUCUAGUCCAGCUUCUUUUUCUGCCUUCUCAGUAAGAUAUUGCUUCUACGAUAUUGGUAACAUGGUUUUAUAAACCACCCGUACACCUCUAGUUGCACUCGAUUCUACGACUGUAGGUUGAUCUAACAGAUCAUUUCUUGUGGUUAAAUUGUUGCUCACUCAACGAUCCUAUCUAAUAUUUCAUUAUAAUAAUUGGUUUGAUUCUUGUUUGACUCUGUGAAAUACAAGUAUUAUUUAAAAUUAUAGAGCAGAGGGGGUUUUGUGGAGAAUUUAGUAUUUUCACAGUUGAAAGCAUAAGUCAGUUGAAACUAGACUACCAUCGAAAACCUGGAAGGGCUCUGACUCGAGACUGGUAGGUCCUGGGUUCAAAUCUCGCGAGUGUGGGAUCGUGGAUUCGCACUUCUGAGGAGUCCCAUAAUAGGACGAAACGGCCGUCCAGUGCUUCCAGGUUUUCGAUGGUGUUCUAGCUUCAACUGACUCAUGAUUUCAACUGUGAAAAUAUUUAAAAUUAGUCUAAUGAAAUGUUAUUCCUCCAAUUCUCUAUUUGUUUAAACUUUACUUAUAGACCCGUUCCAAUCAAAUUCGUUAUCGUCUUUACGGUGUGAUUGAACAUACUGGACAUUUAACUUCUGGCCAUUAUGUAGCUUAUGUAAGUGUGCCAAAAUCAUACACUAAUUGUAAUGAUAAUGAAUCAGAUCUCAUGGAGAAUCAAUUCAUUGGCCCUUUGAAUCGUUCACCUAAAUGGCCUUUAUCUGUUAAUGAUUUAAUUCAACGUCUUCGUCGAUGUGAUCAUCAUCAACUGUUGUUAUCAUCGAAUAAUUUUAUGUCUUAUUCUAUUCAAAAUGACACCAACUCACUUGUGUGUAGUAAUAAUGAUGGCAACAAUACCAUCAAUCAUUCAACAAAUCAUAACCAUGAAGUGGUUAAUGAUGAUGAUCAUGAUGAUGAUCAUGAUGAUUCACGUCAAUGGUUCUAUUGUUCCGAUAGUCAUGUAACACGUGUAUCCCAGUCAACUGUAUUGAAUUGUCAGGCUUAUGUUUUAUUUUAUGAACGUAUUGAAUGAAGAGUACGUGGAGGUUUUAAAAACAAACAUAUUUAUGUAUACCUUAUGAGUGUAUGUGUGUGUGUGUGAAUGUGUAUAUAUUACCACUGGUUACUUUUCUUUCAUAAUAUCACUUACGUGAAAUGAUGAUUGUAAAUAGUUUCACUUUCCCUCUCUUUUUAUAUAUGAUCAAAUAGGUUUUGGGAAAAAAUAUAUAUGUUACAAGAAUG